AUGUUCGAGCGAUUGUUCCAUGAUGAAUGUAUCUUCAGAUUGAACGGAAAUUGUUUCCAAGUUUUGCGCUGCCCUAGAAAGUGGGCUGAAUAUGCUAUCUAUGCUAUCGUCAAUCAUAUCGAGCUCCCUGCGGGAGACAAACUCUUCAAUGUCAAUCUUCUGCCAGUAGAAACUCUGCGCCGUUCUUCUCGGACGUCAUCGUCUUCCGAUAUAACCUCUCCUCGGUCAGGACAAGUAGCACGUAACGAUUGUCGUAGCCGUAUAGCAACUGAUUACCUCGGCCUAAUGCUUGACAUAGCAUAUCCAUUGCCUGACAGAUCCGAGCUUGUUUCAUUGGCAUGGCCAUCUGCCAGUCAAGAAAUUGAAGGCAGGUAA